UAGAUCUCAAUGGAAAACCACGUAAGAUUUCUCCUUCUGUUCCUCUUCAUCACCAUUCUCUUACCAGCUGCUGCUCCUUCAUCUUGUCCAAUCAACUUCUCCUACGUUCAAACCAUCCCUUGGAACACUUCAACUUGCACAAACACAACCAACAAACAACCUUGUUGCUCAACCCUCAAAACCAUCUUCCACAUAGGCCUCUCCCAACAUCUCAAACAAACAUCGUUUUUUCAACUUCCCAAUGAAAACACUUCCUCCAUUUGCUUAUCAGAUUUCCAAGAAAAACUCACAACCUUGUCAAUUCACCCAUCUCUGGUCCCUUCUUGCUUCCCUAACCCCUCUCAGUUCGUCACAAACUCUUCCACAUGUGCAGGUGUUGUGACUUCUCGAGAUUGGGAACAGAAGGUGAACUCGGUUAGACUUAGCCCGAUGCAGACUUUAUGCAAAGACCUUGAUGACCAAACUAGCUGCAACAAUUGCAUAGCAGCAAGCUUGAAAGUGGCUAUUCAGCUUACUAUUGAUAACCCAAAUGCCACUGAGACGGGUUGUUUUUCGUUUGCAUCGCUGUAUGCUGCAGCGGUUGUUAAUCCAGAAGGCACAACUGAUGUCACCACGAUCGGUUGCAUAAUGGGUGUGCAACUUUCUAGUGAAGUGGCAAAAGGGUCAUCAAAAAAGAGAGGAAAAGUUCUUGAGGUGGUUUUUACGUUAUUGGGUGCUGUUGUUGGGGUUAUUAUUGUUUUUGUGCUGAUGGUGGUUAUGUACAGGAAGUGGGAAAAGAGAAGGAAGGAAAAUGUUUAUCACAGGGAAAUUGAAAACGGUAUCAGGAACAGUGUUUUGACGAACACUGGUGCAAAAUGGUUUCACAUAUCGGAGCUUGAACGUGCCACCAACAGAUUUUCGAGGAGGAAUAAGGUUGGUCAAGGUGGUGAUGGGGUUGUGUACAAAGGGAAGCUUGCAGAUGGCACUUUGAUUGCUGUUAAGGAGAAUUUGAAUUUGCAAAGUAAAGGGGAUGAAGAGUUCUGCUAUGAGGUGGAUAUCAUAAGCAAAAUAAAGCACAGGAACCUUCUUGCUCUUCGUGGUUGUUGCAUUUCAAGUGAUAAUUUCAAAGGUAAGAGAAGGUUUCUGGUUUAUGAUUUCAUGCCAAAUGGCAACCUCAGUUACCAACUGUCACUUGGUGGAUUAACAUGGCCACAAAGGAAGAACAUAAUCCUUGAUGUGGCUAAGGGGCUUGCUUAUUUGCACUAUGAAAUCAAGCCACCAGUUUAUCAUCGUGAUAUAAAGGCUACAAACAUACUUUUGGACUCCAAAAUGAAUGCUAAAUUGGCAGAUUUUGGGUUGGCCAUGCAAGGUAGUGAGGAUCAGUCUCCUCUCACCACAAGGGUUGCUGGCACAUAUGGUUAUGUGGCACCUGAGUAUGCUUUAUAUGGGAAACUCACUGAGAAGAGUGAUGUGUACAGUUUUGGUAUUGUGAUUCUGGAAAUCAUGAGUGGAAGAAAAGUGCUUGAUACUUUGAAUUCAUCAGCAGAUGCAAUCACAGAUUGGGUGUGGACACUAGCAGAAUCGGGAAAGAUGAUGGAAAUUUUUGAUGAGUCAAUAAGAGAAGGGCCAGGGAAAAUUAUGGAAAGGUUUGUUCAUGUGGGAAUGCUCUGUGCUCAUGCAAUGGCUGCUUUGAGACCUACCAUUGCUGAGGCUCUUAAGAUGUUAGAGGGUGACACUGACGUUCCUAAAUUACCUGAUAGGCCUGUGCCUUUGGGUCAUGCGUCCUUUCAAUCUUCUCUGUUGCAUGGUUUGCAAGGAAGCGGAAGAUCUAUGCAACAUGUUUCAUCCUAUUCAUGAGUACAAUAUUGAUUCAAUCUCACACUUUUGUUUGUAUAGGCAACUUUCGUUUAUACUCUUAACAUUUCUUAGGCGUAGAUUAACCCUUCAUGACAGUUUUUUUCA